GCCCAACUUGCCCGGCUCGUCCUUGUGGCUUGUGUGUUACUCAGUCAGUGAACAAAUAGUGCUCGAAUUCCAUACUCUGAAGGUUAGGGAUUUAUUUUUGUAAAAUCUUAACUAAGCGUUUAUUAUAACUUAUAUUAAUUUGUGUUGAUUGUGAUUUUUGCCCAGGCACAAUUCUUUAAAACUAGAAAAAUGUUCAGCGGAAUCGCAGACAAGAACCUUGGUGCGUUCCGAAGCAUCGGAGAGAAAACAGCAUCCCUCUUCGAGAGGAAGAAGAAGGAUGCUGAGCAGCUCGCCCAAGAGAAAGCAGCUGAGGCCGCCCACGUUGUCGAAGAGCAGGUGAAGAAGACUGGUGAACUGAUCGCUGGUGCUGAGAAGAGCGCUAAUGAUGCUGCUAACUCAGCAUCUGAAACGAAGCAAUCGGCUAUUGAUGCUCUUGACAAGGAGCUGUCGAAGGUGUCCUUAGCUGCUGGUGAGGCCAAGGACGCGGCAGCGAAGGCAGUAGCUGACGGCAAGAAGGUCGUUGACACCACCAAAGAUACGCUAGCAACGACAGUUGAUAACACAAAGAAAGCAGCGGAAACAGCACUGAACACAGCAAAAGAUACGCUCAGUAGCACAGUAGACACUACUAAGAGCACAGCACAGUCUGUUGUGGAUACGGGAAAGAGUUACGCAACUGGGGCAAAAGAAAGUUCUGAUAAUUCAAUAGAAAUGUCCAAGGAAAUUGGAGAUUCGUUUUUAGAGACAACUAAACAAUAUGUCUCUAGUGUUAAAGAUUCUGUAUCAAGUACUGUAGAUAGCACAAAGAUGUCCGCUCAAAGUACCUUAGAAACAGGGAAAUCUUACUUCGAUUCCACAAAAGACUCCGUUACAAAUACUAUUCAAUCAACGGUAGACACGACAAAGCAAACGGCUCAAUCAGCCGUUGAUACGGGAAAAUCAUAUGUCACUAGUGCCAAAGAUACAUUAUCAAGCACAGUAGAAGCUGCACAAAAAUCAGCACAAUCUGCUUUUGAUACUGGAAAGAGUUACGUAGAUACAGCUAAAGAAUCCGUAGGGGUGAACAAAAAUGCAAGCGUCGAAGCAAGCAAAUCGUAUAUAGAUUCUGCCAAAGAUACUGUUACAAGCACUGUUGAUAGUACAAAGAAAGCUGCUCAAAGUACAAUGGAAACCGGAAAAUCUUACGUUGACUCUGCUAAAGAUACCGUUCAAAGCACAUUUAAGAGCACAGUAGAUACAGCAAAAAGCACAGCCAAUUCUGUAGUCGAAACUGGAAAAUCUUACGUCGAUACAGCUAAAGACUCUGUCACCAGCACUGUAGAUUCUACCAAAAAAACGGCCACGUCAGUUGUCGAUACUGGGUCAUCAUACAUUGGUGCAGCUAAAGAUACUGUGACUAAUACCGUACAAAGCACAUUUGAUGUAACAAAGAAUGUUGCCCAAGCCGCUGUUGAAAAAGGCACUGCUCUUGUAGGCACCGCUAAAGACACCGUAGUACAUGCCGUAGAUACGACAAAAUCUGUCGCACAAGGCGCAGUAGACACAACUAAAACUGCAGCACAAAGCGCAGUGGACACGACCAAAUCUGUAGCACAAAAUAUUGUAGAAAAGGGCACGUCAUUAGUAGGCACUGCUAGAGACACCGUAGCAAGCACUGUUGAUUCUACCAAAAAUGUAGCAGCAUCAGCAGCUGAUAAAGGAUUUGGCUUAAUUAAUAGUGCUAAAGAAUCAGUUACAAAUUCAGUCAAUUCUACUGUAGAUACUUCUAAAUCAGUAGCAACAUCUGCGUACGAUAAAGGAACUUCAUAUGUUAGCUCCGCGAAAGACACAGUAUCUAGCACGAUAGAUAGUACUAAAAAUGUAGCAGCGUCAGCUGUCGAUAAAGGAGUUUCUUUAGUAGGAAGUGCUAAAGAUUCAGUUACAAAUACAUUGUACGGUACAGUAGAUGCUAGUAAGAACGUGGCUUCAUCCGUUUAUGAAAAAGGAUCCUCAUUAGUUGGUGCAGCAAAAGAUACGGUAGCGAGCACUCUUGAUACUACCAAAAACGUAGCGUCAUCGGCAGUAGAAAAGGGCUCUUCUUUAGUUGGUAGUGCAAAAGAUUCAGUAUCAAGCACAGUUCAAAAUACAGUAGACACUACCAAGAAUGUAGCUAGCGCAGUUUACGACAAGAGUGCGUCACUCGUUACGGGUGCAAAAGAUACGGUCUCAAGUGUGGUGUCGGGUGAUUCCAAUGAUACCAUUAACACGACGGUAGAUCACACCAAGAAGGCUGCUGAAGAUGCAAAAGAGAAGGCAAGGUUGGCUGCGGAGGCAGCAAAAGAAGAGGCUACACGAGUUGCUAAUGCAGCAGUAGAAGAAUCCAAGAAAGCAGCAGAAAAGGCUGCAGCAGAUGCAAGCAAUGCUGUUCACAGUACUGUCGACAACACAUUAAAACGUAUGGAAGCAGCCGCUGAUGAAGGACUGAAGAAUGCUGGCCACGUCGUUGAUGGGAAACUUAAGGAUGCCGACAAGUACCUCAAUGAGAAACGUGAAAAUCUGGUCUCAAACUUGACAUCAACAGCAAAUGAUGGCGCCGACGCGGCAGCGGGACUUCUUAGCAAAGGCCUGACUCAAUUCUCUAAGUAAAUCUUGUACUUGUAAUCUAAAUGUAUUCCUUUGCUAUAUUCAUUCGGGAAACUGACAGACUGCAUUGUAAAUAAAAAUAAUUAUACACAGAUUAUAUAUAAACCACAGAGGCCCGCACGAACGUUACGUCAAUACGAUACUGUCAGUUUUUGACAGCUCGAAAUCUAUCUUACAAUUUUCAGUUUCUAUACAAUAGCUAUUCGAUUUUGCGUCAGUGAUGCCAACUUGAGGGUUCCCACCAAAUUAAGGGAAAUCCAAAUGUGUUUUUUAGGGGUUACAUUUAUUUAGGUUUAAAGAAUAUGUAUUUCUUUAAACAAACGAUUCUAUGUAAUUUAUUUAGCCUCGAACCCAAUCAAUAAACUAUAUUAUAUUAAAAAACAGCUAUUUUAUACUAUUUAAAUGUAUUUUUACUCAAAGCACAACAAAAACUUUCUUUAAUAUCUAUUAAAAACCUCUAAAAUACAACUAGUAUUUGAAGUUCUAGGGGGGAACAUUCUGUAGAAGUUUGCAUCACUGUUUUGAGUAUUGUUCUUGCCUACAAAGCACAAAACCUUUAUAAUAAUUUAUUAUCUGUUAAAGAUACUUCAGACAAUUUAAUGUUGCAAUUUGUUAGAUUUCCCUUUGUGUCUCAAUUAAUUUAAUCUCUACGUGUUAAACAUUAGUUACUCAGUUUUGGCCUAACAUAUUGACGAUUAAACGCUGUCAAGUCAUAUUUUAAGCUAGUUAUAAGAAUCUGUAAGCAUUUGUAUGCAUUUUAUCCAUUUGCUUGGCUUAAGAAAUGCCGUCCAAUGAUGCCUUUCCGAUAAUUGCACAAUAGUCAUAACAUACAAAUUACAAAAUAUGAAAAAAUAAGCUAAGAGCUAAAUUACUGUAUCAUGCUUUAAUCGUGUGAAAUUAAUUUUUGAUAUUGAAACAUUUCGCAAACUAUAUAUUACCUAUAUGCGUCUAUAUCUUACUAUUUAUGCAUACAAUUAUGUAUCUUAUGUUAAAUUUAUAUGUUAUAUAUUUUAUUGGAAAUUAUUUAAGCUAAGUUAAGCAAAUUUCAUUGAUCUUUGUUGUUGAAUAAAUCAUUGUCACCCCAA